UUGGUCUUGGUUUCUUAGCCUUUUACGUUUUCAUGUUACACAUAGGCAUGGUAUUUGUCUAAUAUCCGAUCGUCAUCGAAGCAUCAUAAGGGCGGUGAAAGAUCACAGAGGGUGGCAGCCUCCAUAUGCUUAUCAUGUAUUUUGUCUACGUCACAUCGGAAGCAACUUCAAUACCCGUUUUAGGAAUGUGGAAUUGAAGAAAACGUUGAUGAAAUUAGGGUACACAUGUUCAAAGAUAAAUUUCGACAUUAGAUAUAAGGAAUUUAUCGAGAACAAUCCUGAAGUUGCUUCAUGGUUGGAUGCGAUUCCGAAAGAGCAAUGGUGCAGGUCGUAUGAUGAGACAGGACGUAGGUUUGGUCAUAUGACAACCAACCUAUCUGAGUGUGUGAAUAAGGUGCUUCGUGGAGCACGUAAUCUGCCUAUAACUGCAUUGGUCAAGAUGACAUUCAGUAGACUCGUUGAGUAUUUCGUCAAGAGACGUGAAGGGAUUGAAAAAGAUAUCUCACAAGGUUGGAUAAUUUCAAAGAAGGUUGAGGCAGCUUUGCAAAAAAAUGAUGAAUUGGCCGGCACUUAUCGUGUGAGGAUAUAUGAUAGUGAGCUGUUAUUGUUUGAGGUUGAGGAUGCCUACAAUCAAUCUACACACGAGGUUGGUGACACCAUGAGAGUGGACUUAAUCAAUCGUACAUGUCAGUGUGGUAGGUUUACAGCAAGGAGGUAUCCCUGCAGUCAUGUAUUAGCAGUUUGCAAGGUAGCCAAGUUAAACCAUUAUGAUUAUGUGGAUCAUGUUUUCAAAAUCCCAACCAUUGCUAAAGUAUAUGCUGCACACUGGUUUCCUAUUGGCAAUGAAUUGUUGAUUCCAUCCGUUGUUGGGCCUACUGUAAUUCCGGAUGCCCGGUUGGUACGUGCAAAAGGAAGACCACAGUCUUCAAGGAUUCAGAAUGAGAUGGAUUGGGUUGAGUCUCAACCCUCGAGCAGUCAGAGCAGAUGUAAGCUUUGCAAGCAAGUUGGACAUAACAUUCGUACAUGUCCAUUGAGACUAAGACAAGCAUGAUUACGUAUUGUUUCUGUGUAGUACUUUGUUUUGUAAUGACAAUCACUUUACGUAUUGUUUUGUUUCCUUGUACCCUAAACUUUAUCUUGUAUUAGUUAUGUAUUGUGUUGUUGAAAUGUAUUGUUGAACUGUAUUCUUGUGUUGCAUAACGUAAAUGUUGACAUCCGUUAAGUUUAGCGA